GCUCCCAUGGAAGAGCUGGAGCUGAUCACAUCAUCUGAAGAUGAUGCCAGAUCAGUGGCUAAGUGUCUCGUUGAUGUAGGAUGCUGCCCUCGCUGUGUGCUUCGCUUCAUGGGAGAGAAACGACCUCACAUAUACAAAAAGACUAUUGAGCAAGCUUCAGACGUGGUGAGACAGCUUUGUCAGACUGAAAACAACACAAGUUUCAGUGGUGUCAGUAAGCCAUGUCCAGCUUGUCUUGGCAUUCUUCAAGACUUUUCAUGUAAAGAAUUCUUCAUCAAAAUAAAAGAACAAGUGGACGAGGAAGGUUACCAGUUUACUGACUACUUGUGUUCUCUGAUGGUGCCAAUAUGCACCCAACCAAGACAGCAUGCUGUAUUUAUUCAUCUAAAGACAGAGUUUAGUGAGAUCUACAAGUCUGUGAAAGAAGAUAAUAUUUCUUCUAUUAAGGACAUAUGGAAAUGGUUUGCCGGGCCAGAACUGGCAUUACUGCUUGGGAUUGACUUUCAGCAAAAGAGUGACUUUGAAAUCUGCAUAACCUUCAUCUAUGAUAAUUCUGACAAAGAAUGUGGCUUUUUACUAAAUGCUCAACCAGAGGUGUUCAGAAAAAGAAAGUGUAAACGGUAUGGAUUUGAGACCUUCACAAGAGCGAGUGUUGCAAAAGCUUUAAUGGAGAUAGAUGAAGACAAAUUUAAAAGGUUUUUCCACUGUCCACCAGCCAUUCCAGACAGUAUAUGCAGGUACGAAAUAACCUGUUGCCAUGAAGCAGUAUAUAUUGCUGGUCGAUACCAGAAAUUUAGUCGAAUUUUGAGUCAAACACCAUGGAUUGUUGAUGGUGGCAGAAAAUCAGAAUCAUCUGUCCAAGAAUUAAUCUGUGAAAGCAUUCUUGACCGAUUCAAACCAACAGAUCACAAAUUCUCUGCUUCUGGCCGAGAGGAUGUUGAUGUACGGAUGUUGGGAACAGGUCGACCGUUUAUUGUGGAACUAGUUAAUCCUCAUGUUGUAAUGUUUUCACCAGAAGAAUUGAAAACAAUUCAAGAGAAAAUUAACAUGUCAACUUCUGAUGUUGCUGUUCAGGAUUUGCAGAUAAUAUCAAGAGAGGAGACUUCAAACCUGAAGGAAGGAGAGAUAGACAAGACAAAGUCGUACUGUGCUUUGUGCUGUUCUGAAAAACCACUGAGCCAAGAAGAUCUCAACAAAUUACAUGAUAUAAAGAAUCUCACACUUCAGCAGAAAACACCUAUUCGAGUGUUACACAGGCGUCCGUUGGCUGUGCGGGAGAGAGUCAUUCAUGAGAUGAGAACAGAGAAGGUCGAUGAUCAUCGGUUUAAGCUGUAUUUGUCAACACAAGCAGGAACAUACAUUAAGGAGUUUGUUCAUGGAGAUUUUGGUCGCACCAAUCCUCAUUUGUCAACACUGCUAGGAACAGACUGUGACAUUGUACAACUUGAUGUUGAGUCUGUGAAUGUUGAGUGGCCACCAAGACUGGCAAGAUAAUGAAGAAGGAAGACUUAAAUGGACAUUAUUUGUUAUAAGAUCAUCUGUUUGCUAUGGACAUAUUAAGAAGUACACAGUAUUUUUCUAUUACACUGUGAUAUGAAUGUCUUUUAUAUUGCAUAAAUGAGCAUCCCAUCAAAUCAUCUUUCACAAAGUUAUUGAAUCAAUUAAUAAAAUGUUCAUGUUGGA